GUUGGCGCGUGGCGAAGAAACGUUGUUGCAUCAUCGCACGCCUCGACUUCCGGCGUCAGCUCAUCGGUUGGAAGUUAAGCCCACUUCCAGCGAAGGGGUUCAUGGUCACCAAGGGAUCGCUGGUAUCAAGUCGACUGAAAAAAGGAAGCAGAUACAACAAGUCACACUUGAGCGUGUGUGUGUAUGUUGUUUGUGUGUGUGUGUGUGUAGCCAUGACAGGAGCAACAGGGACUAAACUUCUCAUCCUCAUGAUCCUCAUCUUCAUCAUUUGCCUACCACAAUUGUUUGCCUUCAACAGAGUCUCUAAAGCGACCCUGGUCUGUUCGCCCCGCGCACUGUGCGAGCGAGACUUCCGGUUGAAGAAGCGGGAAAGCGGUAGUAGACUUGCUGACGUCAUCCAGAACCGGUCACAUGACCCGCCUCACAUCCGGGUGGAUGAAAAACGGUGCUUGGAGAGAGAUGGCAACCGCACAUCAGAGCCCUGGAUGGUGGAAGACACACACGCCAGUUGGUACAUGUGUGAAACUCAAGGGAAUGUGGACCACUUACACUCAGACGUUGUCAUCAGGAUGUCAGUGCAGCUUCAACUUGGAGAGUUCCUGAAGCUCACCUUAUAUGGUCACAGCAAUACCACCUCGCUACACCUGCACCCACCUGAGAAAGAGGGGAAGAUAAGGGAUGAUGAAGGUCACAGAGAAGCAUCCUAUUGCUGUCUGUCGGCCCCGCCUACUUCGGAAAUGACCAAUCACACCGCCUGUCUCUUCCGGUUGUCUAAUCACACCAUUUCUAUUGCGAGAGCCAAGGAGAAGUUUCUACAGGCACAAAAAGAUAGGUGGAGUGGUGUGUUCAGGGUCCUCUGGUUAAUUCUGCUGUGUGUGGUGUUGCUGACUUGGACCUCAGCUCUCCUCAGACAUAUUAGCCGAAAGGGAGGCUGCUGCUCGAAGUCCAAAGUAAAGGUGCGUCCACUUGGAUAUGACUUUACCGGACAGCAGUUAAAAGAUGGGCGGAAAGACACAGACAUCAACACUCUAAAAGGGAGACCUCAUCGCACCUUUGACCCUGGUUUUAGGUGGACAGGACUAUCGCCUAUUGAAGAGGUUGAAGCUGAUGAUGAAGUAGUGGAAAGUGCAGUGGAUGAAAAUGUGGAUCACUGCAAUGCCACCGCUAAUCUUCACCAGCGUCCAACAGUGGGUUUCCCUCACGUAGGCGUCGAGCCGCUGAUGUCAGACCAGCCAGGACUCAACUUCAGUAAUAAAAACACCUUUCAGCCAAGACCGGCACGUCAAAGUGAAAGAAACAAAAAACAGGACACAGAUAAGGAAUAAAGUCUCUUCAUUUUCAACAUAGCAUUUUGACUCUUUGGGACUUAAAUCAGACAGCUGUUCCUGGUAAGUAGAUCUUAUUUUGCAUGUACAGUCACCAUCUACACGCCUAAAGAACAUAAUGUCAUGGCUGUCUUCCAAUAAUUUCUACAACUCCUAUUUUUUGUGAUAGAGUGAUAGGAGCACAUACUUAUGGGUCUACUGAAAAUGUGAUUAUACAUACAUACAGCAAUGUUAAUAUUUGCUUACAUGUCCCUUGGCAAGUUUCACUGCAAUAAGGCACUUUUGGUAGCCAUCCACAAGCUUUUGGUGGAUUUCUCUGACCACUACUUUUGACAAAAUUGGUGCAAUUAAGCUAAAUGUGUUGGUUUUCUGACAUGGACUUGUUUCUUCAGCAUUGCCCACACAUUUAAGUCAGGACUUUGGGAAGGCCAUUCUAAAAGCUUCAUUUUAUCCUAAUUUAGGCAUUCCUUUACCACUUUUGAUGUGUGUUUGGGGUCAUUGUCCUGUUGGAACACCCAACUGCGCCCAAGACCCAACCUCCGGGCUGAUGAUUUUAGCUUGUCCUAAUAAUUAGGAAGUACCGUAUUUUUUGGACUAUAAGUCGCAUUUUUUUUCAGUUUGGCUGGGGGUGCGACUUAUACUCGGGAGCGACUUAUGUGUGAAAUUAUUAACACAUUACCGUGAAAUAUCAAUAUUAUUUAGCUCAUUCACGUAAGAGACUAGACAUAUAACAUUUCAUGGGAUUUAGCGAUUAGGAGUGACGGAUUGUUUGGUAAACGUAUAGCAUAGUUAUUUGAAUGACUCUUACCAUAAUAUAUUACGUUAACAUACCAGGCACCUUCUCAGUUGGUUAUAUAUGUGUCAUAUAACGUACACUUAUUCAGCCUGUUGUUCACUGUUCUUUAUUUAUUUUAAAUUGCCUUUCAAAGGUCUAUUCUUGGUGUUGGGUUUUAUCAAAUAAAUUUACCCCAAAAAUGCGACUUAUACUCCAGUGCGACUACCACAUGUUUUUUUCCUUCUUUAUUAUGCAUUUUCGGCAGGUGCGACUUAUACUCCGAAAAAUACAGUAUCCAUCCAUCCAUCCAUCCAUCCAUCUUCUUCCGCUUGUCCGAGGUCGGGUCACGUGGGCAACAGCCUAAGCAGGGAAACCCAGACUUCCCUUUCUCCAGCCACUUCGUCCAGCUCUUCCCGGGGGAUCCCGAGGCGUUCCCAGGCCAGCCGGCAGACAGUCUUCCCAACGUGUCCUGGGUCUUCCCCAUGGCCUCCUAGCGGUUGGACGUGCCCUAAACACCUCCCUAGGGAGGCGUCGGGUGGCAUCCUGACCAGAUGCCCGAACCACCUCAUCUGGCUCCUCUCGAUGUGGAGGAGCAGCGGCUUUACUUUGAGUUCCUCCCGGAUGGCAGAGCUUCUCACCCUAUCUCUGAGGGAGAGCACCGCCACACGGCGGAGGAAACUCAUUUCGGCCGCUUGUACCCGUGAUCUUAUCCUUUCGGUCAUAACCCAAAGCUCAUGACCAUAAGUGAGGAUGGGAACGUAGAUCGACCGGUAAAUUGAGAGCUUUGUCUUCCAGCUCAGCUCCUUCUUCACCACAACGGAUCGGUACAACGUCCGCAUUACUGAAGACGCCGCACCGAUCCGCCUGUCGAUCUCACGAUCCACUCUUCCCUCACUCGUGAACAAGACUCCUAGGUACUAGAACUCCUCCACUUGGGGCAGGGUCUCCUCCCCAACCCGGAGAUGGCAUUCCACCCUUUUCCGGGCGAGAACCAUGGACUCAGACUUGGAGGUGCUGAUUCUCAUUCCGGUCGCUUCACACUCGGCUGCGAACCGAUCCAGUGAGAGCUGAAGAUCCCGGUCAGAUGAAGCCAUCAGGACCACAUCAUUUCCAAAAAGUAGAGACAUAAUCCUGCGGUCACCAAACCAGAACCCCUCAACGCCUUGACUGCGCCUAGAAAUUCUGUCCAUAAAAGUUAUGAACAGAAUCGGUGACAAAGGACAGCCUUGGCGGAGUCCAACCCUCACUGGAAAUGUGUUCGACUUACUGCCGGCAAUGCGGACCAAGCUCUGGCACUGAUCGUACAGGGAGUGGACCGCCACAAUAAGACAGUCCGAUACCCCAUACCAGUUCCAUUGGCAGCAAAACAAGCCCCGGAGCAUAAUACUACCACCACCGUGCUUGACGGUAGGUUUGGUGUUCCUGGGAUUAAAAGGCCUCACUUUUUCUCCUUCAAAUUCCUGGGUAUUGUGGCCAAAAAGCCAAUUAUUUGUUCAUCACAUGGGCAAAGAUAAGACCUUCUGUAAUUAAAAAAUUAGCACCCGACAAAAAAUUGGAAACUCAAGACAGCCAUGACAUUAUGUUCUUUACAAGUGUAUGUAAAAUUUUGAUCUCGACUGUAUGUCGUUACAAUAUGUAGAGGGCAGGUCAGUCUUUUUUGUUGGUAUUAGAAUAAAGUGAAAUGAGAACAGGAAUGAAACCUACAAUUUCUUCAAGUUAGAUAUACUGUAAUAUGAACUGUGUUGUCAUUGAACAUGAACAUACAUGGCCAUGGAUGUACUGGCAUUAUAUCAAUAAUACUUCUCUUGUGUCAGUCAAACAAUAUCUCAGUUAGGGUUCGUAAUAAAGUAAGGCGUAAUGUUAGGGUAAGAGUGCAAAGACAGCCUAAUAUAUUCACAUAAAAUGUAAAUGUAAACAGCAACGAUUUUUUUGGAGAUGAAAAUAUACUUAGUAGGUCAGCGGACAAGUAGAAAUAUACAAACAAGGAAGCAAAAGUGAAAAAUGGAACUGUUGGCUUUAUAUUAUACACAUAAAUAAUGUCGAUGUAGAUAGAAGCACUUAGUGUUGCGUCAAAUCUUUUCUGUACAACGCAGCUCGCGCAUGUGUGCGUUCUAUUGUAUUUCUGCCCUUCUUGAGACACCAAAAAGGAAAAUUACCUUCCAUAUGAGGAGGUGUGAACAAGUUAGGACAUUUAUCAUGGUCCCAAUACGGAAAACCAUUGCAUUUAAUAGAGAGACAAAUUCUAGAGUUCGUGAACAUUGCUCCAAAGUCUGGAUUCUUUUGUUGAUUUCAUGUGCAUACAGAAGUGAACAUUGAAGUGCAAAAGCAGCAAUAUUUGAUAAAACAAGACCGCAGCUAAAGAAGGACUUCCCUAUUCAUCCCCCCCAAAAAAUCCGCCAAGUGAACAGCUGAUAUUACGACUUCCGGUACUGACGUAAGACAACCCCUGUCCCAUAUGUGACCAUAGGAUGAACAAAUACACUACGCUACUAAGACUAUAGAGGUAAUUAGGAGUUAGGUUCUACAGCUAGGUUGCCCAAAGUGCAGCACAGGGGCCAUCUGCGGUCCAUGACUCCUUUGUCAUCGGCCUUAAGCACAUUACAAAAACAAAAAAAUAGAGAAGUCAUCUGCACCCCUGGUGGUGAAACCUGUCAAAAUGAGGGUGGUUCCAAAAAGGAGGGAUUUUUCAAAUUGACUGUGUGUCACUUUUAAAAGUGCUCCCCCUCUGGUCAACAUAUGAAAUAACAAGUGUGUGUAAAAAAAAAAUUAAGUGCUCCCCCUUUGGGCCACAUAUGUAGUAAGU